GUGUCAUCCACCACCAGAUCCAGAGAUGCGCAAAUACAUCGAUGAAUGCACUAAGGACCACAAUGUAACGCCAAAAGAGUUCCACGAAUUUAUGGAAGGCAAAGCGGCUUCACCAUCGGAGAAUUUGAAAUGCAGCAGCCACUGUGUUAUGCUCAAACAGGGCAUUAUAGAUGAGGCGGGCAAUUUCAAACCCGAUGUGGCUAAAUCUAAGAUGCCAGAUGAUAAGCUCGCUGCCGCCAUAGACGAUUGCAAGGAUCUAUCCGGGUCCUCGGCAUGUGAUACAGCCUUUAAAAUUACUGAAUGCGUGUUGUCGCACAAGUGAAUGAUUAAUGUGCUGUGAUAUAACGUUUGAAGGGGAAAGCGCAGUAGUUUUGUGACAAUGUUGAAUAUGCUUUAAUGGGUCCUAUUUUUUGUUUUCGGUGAUGGUUUGUUAAUUAUAUAUAAAACAAUCAAAUGUACAUAUUUUUAAUAAUAUUUAAUAUAAUACACAUAUAUAAACUGUAAUGAGCGUAAAA